UAUGACGAGUCUGAGGGUCAUUUGAAAUUAAGAUUAGCACCUUCUUUGCUCCACCACCAAUUCAAAAUCAAGCUAGAAGAUCCUUGAGAUUCUACACGAAAUCUGUCGGAUCUUCCUUUCCAAACAGUCAGAUUUCCAAGAGGAUUUCUUGAAUCUCUCUGAUUCAGAUGGCCUCCCAUUUAAAAAGUCUCACAACCCUUCUUGGGUUUCAUCAUUUUCUUCUUCUUGAUCAUCAUCAUCAUCUUCAUCUUCACAUUUUUAUUCCUCUGUUUUUGGUUGCUUUGUUGGGUUUGGGAUCAUGGGUUUGGGAGCUGCAGAUGCCCAGUUUCAUGUUCUGGCUGUUGAUGACAGCAUCAUUGACAGAAAAUUGAUUGAGAGACUUCUCAAGACUUCUUCUUAUCAAGUUACUGCUGUAGAUUCUGGAAGUAAGGCUUUGGAGUUUCUGGGUUUAUAUGAUGAAGACGAUCAAAGUGAUAUUGCAGAAGCUCCUUGUGUGUCUCCAAACAAUCAUCAUCAGGAUGUAGAUGUGAAUUUGAUUAUUACAGAUUACUGCAUGCCAGGAAUAACAGGCUAUGAUCUCCUCAGAAAGAUUAAGGAAUCCAAGUCUCUUAAAGACAUACCAGUUGUUAUCAUGUCCUCAGAGAAUGAACCAGCAAGGAUUAACAGAUGCUUAGAGGACGGAGCAGAAGAGUUCUUUCUGAAACCAGUCAAAUUGUCAGAUGUCAACAAGCUUAGACCCCAUAUUAUGAAGGGUACAAGUACGGAAGACGAAGCCAACAUCAACAUGAGAAAGGAAAUGGAAGAAAUCCAAGCACCAGAGACGAAUAGAACAGCACAUAAUGGCUUUGAUGUUCUUUCUUGAUCAAUUAAUCAUGUAUUCUAUUUUCAUGAUUAUCACUAUAAUCAAAAACACUUUUGAUCUCCUCCAAUUUUCUACUAACCCUGAUCGUGAUUG